CUAUUUUAGUGAAUCAAGCGCCGGUGCCGAAGUCGGACGUGUUCAUUCACCUAAGUCCGGAACGUUUUAAAAUGUUUCGAAUACUGUGUGUUCUCGCGUAUUUUAAUUUAGUUGUAAGUGACCCUCUAAACACCUACUGCUGUUUGGAAGAAGAUGGUAUUUUGAGCGAAAAUGAAGCACUCUGUGUAAAUCCAGUCAAUGAGGUUAAAAAGGCUAUACGGUUCAAUUGUAAAAAUACCGUAAGAUUAUUUCAAAAGAAAUUCAACUUUACAGUGAACGAUAAUGAAUCGGCUACCAUAUAUAUGGGAGAUAAACCUUUCUUACAAGGCGCGGGAUCAUUUUGUGCCGCAAAUGAAACUACGAAUAACACGUUAAAAUUGUUAUUAUUGUGUACAAUAGAGGAAAAGGAGACGAACUUAGUAUUGAGUUACUGCAUGAUAGUUUCGGCAAUUUUUCUUGCCUUGACCGCUAUACUUUACUGCGCUUUACCGAUUCUAAGAGAUCUACAAGGCAAAAGCAUAAUUUGUUUCUGCGUGAGCUUAGCGCUGGGACUAAUUAUUUUGGCCAUAAUGAAUCUUGUUAAAUAUUCCGAUAUGAAUUUAUGCGCUGCUCGAGGCUUCCUGACCUAUUAUUUUAUGGUAUCAAGUUUCUUCUGGAUGAAUUCCAUCUCGAUACAGAUUCUAUUUCGAAUCAAGCGUCCAUCAGUGCCCGACUAUGGCUGGCGCACCUUUUCGUGGUAUGCUCUUUACGCGUUUGGUACACCCGCGCUUAUAACAAUAGCUAUGUCCAUUGUCAACUUCCAUCCUGGAAAACAUCAAAAACCAGGCAUCGGUCUCAACACUUGCUGGUUUUACGAUAAAAGGCAACAAUGGUACUAUAUGUAUAGUGUACUAUCAAUACUCAUGGCAAUAAAUAUAGCUAUAUUUUGCUACUUGUCAGUUUACUUGUGGAGACAAACGUUCCUAUCAACACACGUCAAGGAGCUGCGUUAUAAGUUCGGAAUGACAUUAAAGAUGUUUAUUAUUAUGGGUCUUCCCUGGAUAUUUGAAAUGAUUAGUACUUUCUUCGAAGCACAUAUAAUUUGGACAGUCUUGGACAUAUUUAACCUCAUGCAAGGACCCUUUAUGUUCAUCGUACUAGUCGUGCUACGAAAGCGUGUAUUAAAGGCUCUAUACAAAAGUGGUUGCCUGGAUUGCGUUUCCGGUUUAGUUGAGCGAUACCUGGCGAUCGCAGAAGAUGACGAAGAAAUUGUACAACACACCAUUGACGUGCCAUUAGACGAUAAAAAACAUAACAAUAUUUGACGAGAUCUUGUUUGAAAGGAUUUGUGCCUGUUAAGAUGACUACGACUGGUCCGGGAAUUCACUUACCAGGCCAGGGGACUCGGCUAAAAACUUACAACUAAUGUUCAUAAAUGUAUCUCAAUCAGGUUAAGUAAUAUUCAAUCAAAAGCAGCUAUAACUAAUAUUAAUUUCACAUUAACAUUUUAUAAAAUAUUGCAAAUAUCGUUAUUUAUAAAUAUAAAUUUGUAUGCUUUACAAACGACGUUUUAAAAACGAACAAUUUGAUGAGAUCAAAUCAUUUUCAUUUAAUUGAAUGUAUUUAACCUAUUAUUUUAAUGUAUGCUUAUGUUAUUCAUAAAAAUAAGUCGACACUGGUAAAUAUACGUUUGUCUCUUUCUGUCCAA